AAACAUUUGGCGGAAAAAAAGUUGACUCGUGUUUUUCGCUAGCCUUAUACUAACAGGACAUACCUUAUUGAGUGUAGUCUGUUGUGAGAUAUUAAAAUCAGAGUAUGGAAAUAAUUCGAGGCAGCUUAGACGAUAUAUCGCGACCUGCAUCGAGUGAACAAACAGGGAGCCGUGUUUCUAGCGUAUCGCUGCCUCACGGGGACAGAAUUUGUCCUACAGCUCCAUUUUCUCUUGUCGUUUUGACUGAUGAUGCUCCUAAUAUACAGAUUCAGAGGAGCCCAGAAGUAACUACAAUCAAUUCCCCUGCGAGUGGUCCUACCACAGACCCGUGUCGCGUUGAUGAUGUUACUGAGGAAGACGAUGAUUAUUCCAAGCUACAGACAGCCAUUGAGGAAAUGAGACGACUUGAUGAAAUAUUGUCUGCAAAAAUCGUCAAAGAAAAAGAAACCCGACGUCAAAGGAAAGAACUUCAAGCAAAACUUUGGCAAGAGCUGAUGCAGAAUAAACCUGAAGGUCACCAUGAAUGUACACAUGAAGCUUUGAACACGAGGCUGUUUUUGGCUUUGGAAGCACCCUCUAUUACAGAGGAAGAAGACGACUUUGUGCCUGUGUUUGAAACUCAAGUGCCCGACUGCGAGGAUGAAGGAAACAACCAACCCUUGGAGCAAAGUCAAAAGAGGCCAGAUAGCUCAGCAGAAUCAUUGAAAGUAAGCAGUGAAGACAGUGGGGAAGAUGAAUUUAAAGGCAGCCACUGUGGGGCUUCCAAAGGCAUGGAGAAACAGAAAGACUUUGUGAAGAGAAACAUUGAGCUAGUAAGUGGUGAAGGAUGGCAAAUGCAUUUGACCCAGGCGGAGAAAGAGCGUCUGGACGAACUCCUCAGAGAAAUAGACGAAGAGGAAGAGGACAGUGCCAGAGGCGCAGACAGCGAGGAGACCAUGUGGGCUGUGUCGGUCCUUACAGGCCAGGGUUACACCCCAGAGCCCUCUGACCUGGAGCAGCUGAUUGACAUCGACUCCAAAAUCCGCCUUCUCCUCCCUGUGGAGGAGUAUCACUCCAUACAGAGCUCCUACACAAACCUGAGCAUGUGUCGGGGCCCUGGCUCGGAGGCUGGCUGGAAGUGCGAUGGGGACCGGCAGCCAGGAGAGAAGGUCCUGCAGGAUAUAAAGGAGAGGAGAGGGCAGGAGAGGCGGCUCCAGGAGAUCCAACAGCAGCUGGAGAUCCUGGGACAAGGCCAGGACAUGACUAAUGAGUCACCAGACCUGACAGAGGAGCAAUUACUUAGCCUUCUGGACGAAUGUGAGCUGACAGAGAGCUGGAUCCAGGACCUGGAGACGAACGACACCACCACCGCCGCCACCACCACGAGGCCCUUAUAAAGACAACUGGACUUGUCCACCUAAAAGAUAGAGAGCACUCCUGCGACGUAGAUAUGAACUCCUUCAGAGGACGCUUUUAGGUUUACCAAGAGGUAAUGAUCAGGUCAUAUAGACAUGAGGCGACACAAAUCAUGGCUGUCAAACUGAGGAUGAGCGCUGUUAUUUGUAUUCACGUGUUUUAAACAUGCUGCUUUUAUUCGUCCUCAUGGCUCUGCGUGAGGAAACAGAGCAGCGGGGCCACCCUUUGUAUUAACCUAAGUAUCACAGAUGAGAACACAAAAUUGCUGUCAUUAACUCUAAUAACCGGGUGCGGUGGCCGCAGAAUGUUCUACUGCACACAUAAACAUUAGCUGAUGAUAGCGGGGCCUGCGGGGUGAUGUCUGAGCACUACCUUGUAUUAAAAUUAAGCCUCUCCCCUUUGAAAUAUAGCACGUCUGUGUUUGUAAUGUGUGCCCAGACACCCAACGACAUGGCUGCUAAUGAGGAUGGGGAGGAUGUGUGCACCACUGGGCUGAUAGUCGCUUCUGGUUCAGCUGCAAACAUUCCAGUCAUUCCUGCCUCUAUAGGUGAUCUGCUGCCUUCAGAGUGGCUGAGAUUAGUAGCUCCCUUUCUGGAACUGGACCCCUGCACGACCUUUUUUCCGAGCUUAAUUUCUCUUUAAGUAGAUUGCAUUACCAAAAGGCUUUGAGAAUUAUCCUUCUGAGUUUGUUUGAGGAAGCCGGCCCUGUUUGCUCCUGCCUGCGCGGCGCGAGCAGCCAGCGCCGCACCUGGCUGACCUCAGCCCCGGACACCUACAGGCCCGUUCGUCUCACUCUUCACCUCACCCACACAUUCUGACCCCGUCUAAAUGGGAGGAAUUAUCUCACAUUCCUCCCGACCGAAAACAACAUCGGUCAGGUGAACCUCCAAGGUCAAAUCCCAACAAGGGCCCUGCUAUCAGUGAAGCCCGGCGUGCUAUCAGCCCACGAAUCUAAACAGACACCUCAGCAGAGGCCUGAAAAGAGAACACUUUCCUCCUCUCUGACUGUGCUAAAUUAAACUAUUCUUUUCCUGUCUAUAUCAUAUGUAGUAUUUUUGUCUGCUUUUGAAACGCAGCUGACACAAUGUGUUUUCGGAGUGGAAGAUAUACGGCUCAUUUAGGGUAAUGGAAACACGGUGAGCUCAUUAUGGUAAGAAUGAGGUCACUCCUAAUGUAAAGAGACCCACACUGAGACUGUCUGGGAUUUCUGGCACGGCUCUCACUGGCGCUUUAGAUUACAGCUCUCUCUGACCCUGUGAAGGAUUUAAAUGAACAGCGUGAAUCCUGUUUGCAGAUGAUAUACUCUUGGCCAGGUGUGGACCUACCCCACGAACAGCCGCGCAUCUCCUUUGAUAAGUUACGUUUUGAUGAAAACUAUGGAAUUUCAGAACGCAUUCACCUUCCAGCAACGGCUAUAACUUAAGUUCACAUCUGCAUCGUCAGUGAAUUUAUUACACCGACGUGGAAAACUAUUCCUUGCGUCUGCCUCUCGUGGAGCGCUGUCAUUUGGAUGUGAAAGGAGAUGCCUGUUUAAUGUGUAAUCAGAUCUGUAUGGACGUGCCGCUUAAGUGGGUUAUACUUCAUGUUGAGCUUUCCUGCUGUUGACUCCCGAGGAUACUCCCUUUCUGCAAGGCUUCAACUAGACUCUGCUAAUAGAUUCCAGUCACUUGACACAGCAUGGCUCGGCUCCCUUCGCUUUUCUAAGGAGACAACCCCAAUCAAAGUCGAUACUUAGUACGGAAAUAAGAGAGAAACAGGCUCAAGUCUUUUUUCUUUUUUUUUCCAGAAGAUUUUAUUGUUCAGUUGACAUUACAAAAUAACAGGUAGGAGUAUAAACAGCACUUUAGGUAGAAACUAUGGUACAAAUGUUUAUAGAAAAGCUUCACUAAUAAUUAAAAAAAAAAAAAAAGACACAUACAAAAAAAAAAUAACAAAGACAUCCUCAUGUCAGUGUGCAAAUAAGUUUAUACAGACAGAAACGCUUCCAUACGAGGCUACGCUUCUAGAUAAAUUAUUUAAAUAGCAUAUAUCUACACAAAUGAAAUAACCUCGACAUAUAACAGAAAUAAUAACUUAUCAAAACUGCACAAAACAUAGUCAAGACAACAUUUCUUUAAUCCUUUACGUUUCUGUUCGGGCUUCUUUUGUUACAAAAAUAUCUUAUGUACAGCAUAUGAAUGAUAUUAAAGUCUUGCUUAAAAAAAAAGAAUAGAAAAGAAAAAAGAAGCCAACCAAUUUAUACUCUGUUGUUAAGAAAAGUGAUUCUUAUGUAUUGCUGGCCUCGAUAAAAAAAGAACUAAUGAGGUAAUAUUUGUACAUAAAGGGUUUCCUUUUUUACCCUCUUGUCAGAUAUGUACACACAAGCUCAGGCACACCAGUCAUGCACACUGUGCAGAAGCAAAAUAUUUAGAUACUGUAAGUGAUGCCUCUUUUUUUUUUUUUUUUUUUUUUUUUU